GAAGCCUCUCGGCGCUACCAUGGGUGACGCGAAAGACUGCAAGAUUCCUCAGGGAUCCAACGAACAGCGUGUAAGCGGCGACGAUUCGGAAGACGAAAGCGAGAUCCUUGAAGAAAGUCCUUGCGGCCGAUGGCUCAAGCGGAGGGACAAGGUUCAACAGCGAGACAUUCCAGGCAUAGAUGCCGCGUACCUUGCGAUGGACACUGAGGAGGGUGUCGAGGUUGUCUGGAACGAAGUCAAGUUCUCUGAGAGGAAAAAUUUCAAAGCCAAAGAGGAGAAAAUACGCGAGGUCUUUGACAGCUUGGCUCAGCUCGAGCAUCCAAACAUAGUCAAGAUCCACAAGUACUGGAUGGACAAGACCGAGAAGCCCCGAGUCAUUUUCAUCACCGAGUACAUGUCCAGUGGGUCACUGAAGCUCCUGAAGAAAACUAAACGCAAUGUCAUCAAGCUUCCCCUGCAGGCCUGGAAGAGAUGGUGCAACCAGAUUCUCUCGGCACUAAGUUACCUCCACUCGUGUCUGCCACCCAUCCUGCACGGGAACAUGACGUGCGACACCAUUUUCAUCCAGCACAAUGGCCUUGUAAAAAUUGGAUCAGUGGCACCUGAUGCAAUCAACCACCAUGUCAAAACAUUUCGGGAAAACAUCAAGAAUGUUCAUUUUGUGGCACCCGAGUACGGAAGUAAGUCGACUGCGUCUGUCGUAACACCUGCCGCUGACAUAUACUCGUUUGGGAUGUGUGCUCUUGAGAUGGCUGCACUGGAAAUUCCUGGAAAUGGUGAUUCGGGCACGCAAAUCACUGAAGAAGUCAUCAACAAGACAAUCGAGUCUUUAGAAAACGUCCAGCAAAAGGACUUCAUCCGCAAGUGCCUGCGAAAAAAUCCGCUGGAGAGGCCAACUGCCAGGGAGCUUCUCUUUCACCCAGUAAUCUUCGAGGUUCACUCCCUGCAAGUACUGGCAGCGCACGUCGUCAUCAAAACUGCUUCUUAUCACCCAGACCAACUGACGGAUGAGGCCGUGCUUUUGAGGUACAGCCAGGCGGACAUCAUUGCCGAGAUUACGCACCGGGACGGCCGGCUUGGCGUGCAACUGCACAAGAACGAGGUGCCCAAGCUGGAGUUGGAGAAGCUGCUCGAAGAUGUCAGAAAUGGCAUCUAUCCCUUGACAGCGUUUGUCAUGUCCCAUCAGCCAAUCGUGAGACCCCGAGCGUCGUCACCCGAAGUGUCGGAGUCUGUUAAAUCGGCAUCGCCGGAACCGUUUGAUGCAGAGACACGACGCAUCAUAAACAUGAUGUGUAACAUCAAACAGCAGGACGAAUCUCAAAACUUUGUUAUGACGCUGUUACUGCGAAUGGAUGACAAAAUGAAUCGUCAGUUGACUUGCGAGCUCAGUAUAAAGGACACUCCCUCCGUGCUGGCCACAGAGCUCGUUCACUAUGGCUUUAUUAACAAGGAUGACAGGAACAUGGUGGAGGUCCUGAUCCAAGACACUCUAAGCCGGAGUCACAUUCCGGGCAUCUCCAAUCAAGCGCCUCCAAUAUCUAUCGGUGCCACAUGACCUCCCACCCCUCAGGGGCCAUCCACUUUAGUCACGGUGCCUCCUCUUUAGAAAAGACCUGAGUGUGACAGAGAGACUGGGCUACCCAAAGUCUAGGCCUGUGUGAGAGGUGUGUGUGUGUUGAAGCGACUGCUAGCUGCUUUUUCUAGCGUGUGUGAAUGAGCCGUUUGUGCAGCGACUGCAAUCUCGACCGCUCCAAGUUGCCUUGCAAAGAGGGAUGUCUGACGGUCUCCGCUUCUUCAAAAUUUUUUUAAUGGCUCCGGAAGGAGCAAGCCGGGGCCAAGUACUCAUCGUACUGUACAGAAGUUUGUGUGUCCUCGAGUAGGGGUGGGCACUUGAGUUGAAAAGAGAGAGGUUGGUGUUUGUACGAAGUUUCUGAGCUUAGUAUCAUGCUGGAGCUUUUCUUCCUUGUUCCCUCUUCCUUGUUCUGUACAAAGGUUGUCAUGAUAACUGGAAAAAUGCUGUUGUCAUUUCGCAUGAAAGCCCACCAAAUAGCACAAGUGUUGGAAAGCUGAGUGUGCAUUCCAGUCCAUUUUACAAUGCUGUUUGCAUGAAAAGUAUAAGAAGGCAUCGCUAAGUGAUUUUUCUUUUCUCUCUCUGCUUCAUACAUGUGUAAGCUGUAGGCAUGAGACUGUGACCCAAGGCCUCGCUCAUUAAUUUGCUUGCAUUAUGAAUUGAAGUGAUAAUGAAUUCUUCCCGAAUUACGUCAAUAGGCACCGUGACCUACUCGCAGCCAUAUUUAUGGAUUGUUGAGCCACGCUGCAGUAUCUGUAAUGUAAUGAUAACUCUGUCCCCCAGGUAUUCUUAUAAACAGUGCGUGUGGGUUCGAGCAAGAUUUGCUUGGCAACUGCUCGCCCACGUCACUGUUUGAAGCAUAUAUUCCUAUAACUAUGCAAUGCUCCUAUUUUGGCAUUUUCCAGCAAUGCUUUUAUCAGCCAGGACAUGCUUUUAGCUGAUAUAACACUUAACUAGAGUUUUUUGUUUCGUCUUUAAAAGAGAUAUACAUGACUGGAAAAUUGGCACUUUAUUUUCUUUCUGAGAAUGCAAAUUUGACCGGCACUUGUCAUUGCAAAUAAAAAUUGAUGCCUUCACA